AUCCGGAUCGCGAACAGAUACCUCAACGCAGUACCCUCGCCCGACACACAAAAAACACUUAUCGCGACAGAUACCGCCGCGUAGUAAUUCGCCCGGCCCCCAGAAACUUCUCAACCCUGUGGAUGCAAAUCCAUGAACGAACUGGACUAACCUCGGGGUUAACAAACAGCGUUUCGAGCAAGCCCGUCAUCAGCAUCUCCACCCACGGACCCGAAAACCGCUUGCGAUUCUGUGUGGUCAUGGCAACAACCCUGCCAUGGCACCCUCUCCUCUGCCCAAAACCGCUACGGCUGCACCAAGCCCGUAAAACCCCCGUAACGCGCCGCGCGGUGGGGCCCGUGCGGGCCUUCGGGCGCAGCGACUUCGACAGCUUCGCCAAGCGCAUGGCCACCGGCGAGGUCUGGAGGGACGUCUUGCGGAGCACCAACGACGGCUUCGAGCAGCUGGUUUACGAGACGAAGAAGACGGCGGAGCGCAUCGACCGCCGCUUCUCCGUCUCCCGGCGGCUCUCCGCCGUCGCCCAGUCCGCCUCCUACCGUGCCAGGGAGAUUGAUAGGGAUUUUGAGAUCACGCGGCGGUUGCGGACUUUGUCCCUCGAUUUCAGUCAGAAUUGGCCUAGGUACGGGAAGCAGCUUAAUGACUUUUGGAACACUCCGUUGGGAAGAAGUUUUGUGACACUAUUCUUCCUCUGGUUUGCGCUAUCUGGAUGGAUGUUUCGCUUUUUGAUAUUUGGGACAUGGAUACUCCCGUUAGCUGGUCCUCUUCUCAUUGGAACAGUUGCCAAUAAUUUUAUCAUCAAGGGUUCUUGUCCGGCUUGCAAGAAGCAGUUUGCAGGUUACAAGAACCAAAUAGUUCGCUGCACAAGCUGUGGAAAUAUUGUGUGGCAGCCACAAGGGAACUUCUUCUCCGGUGGCCGCAAAGGUGCUACUCCCUCGUCCAAGUCUGAUCCUGAAAUAAUCGACGUUGAGUUUGAAGAGAAAUGAAUAUAGAUGAGAUCCCCAAGCUACAGUGAAAUAAUGUUCACCAAAGUCGAUUCAACAUCUCAUAGAAAAUACUGAUGAGUCAUAACUCGUUACAUAAUCUUUGUGGGAGUGUGUAUUUGUUAUCGUGUAUCUGAAGUGCUUGUAGGUAUUAUUCGUUUUUUUUUUUUUUAAUAUCUUGUUGUUUUUUUGUUUUUGUUUUUAAUAUCUUGUAGAAUUUGUAUAUCUUUACCAGCAAAUUUAACAGAGAGAACAUAUAAUACCGAUUCCAAUAGGAGUGAAAAAUCUGGAUGGUUGAGACAA